CCAGAUACCCUGCAGAAGGGGGUGGCGACUCAGGGCGUCAGCAACGUUCAAGGUCCCCUUCAGGUACUCCCAGGUGUAGUUAAAGCGCGCAAGAUACUCCAUCCAGCGGGCUUGUCGACGGUUCAGUGUCGGUACACCAUCCAGAAAUGUUAAGGGCUUGUGGUCAGUUUUUACCGUAAACGGUUGGCCCUCCAGGUAACAGCGCCACUCCUUGAGCGCAUGAAGAACCGCCAGAAACUCCUGCUCACCCGUGGUGUAGCGAGUCUCCGGACCUGUGAACUUCUUGCUCGAAAAGGCAAUAGGGCGGCCGUUUUGCAGCAGAACAGCGCCGGACCCAAGCAGCGAGGCGUCAGUCACAACCUCUACGCGGAAUGGCUGGGAGUAAUCAGGGUAAGCAAGCAAGAUAUCAGAAGCAACAGCCUGCUUGAUAGCGUCAAACGCGGCUUGACAGGAGGCUGUCCAAGCAGAAGCCGACGUAAACGCGCCCUUCUUCAACAGUGCCGUGAGCGGCGCAGCCAGAAUUGAGUAACGCUCAAUGAACUUACGGAAGUAGUUGGUCAGCCCCAAAAACUUGCGAAGCUCCAGCAGGUUCCUGGGCGCCGGCCAGUUCCGUACCGCCGAGGACUUCUUCGGGUCCAUCCGCACACCAUCAGCAGACACGAUGUGGCCCAGAAUCAUUGGCAAGGACCUGGACGUGGUGCACAACUCUGAGCCCUACGGGACGGUGGCAUACAUGGCCCCCGAGACGGUGGGCGGCAGCAGCUACAAGUCCAGCGACGUGUGGAGCUACGGCGUGGUGGUGUGGCAGCUGGUCACGGGCGAGGCGGCGCCGUGGCCUGGCCUACGGAAUGUGCAAGUCAUGCUGGGCGUGCUGCAGGGAGAUCUGCGCUUGACGGUGCCACCCAGCACCUACCCGCCGCUGGCGCACCUUCUGGAGAGCUGCCUGGCCCGCGACCACACCCAGCGACCCUCCUUCGACGAGCUGGUCAUGCAGCUGCAGGCCAUGGUGCGCGACCUAGCUCGCGCCAAUCAGCUCGAGCUGCCGGUGCAUCUGCAGCAGCAGCUCCGGCAGGGCCAGCCGCAAUCACAGCUGCACCUGCCCCCCACCAGCGGGAACAGCAACUCGACCUCCGCGCCUCACACGCCCGCCGAGACGACGGCUGCCGCAUCCCACGCGGAAUGCACGGGAUCUGGGCCGAAUCCGGCUUUGCGAUGCGUCACUGCCCUUGAUCUGGUCACAGCCAAUUCGGGCGCCAGUGGCGCUGGCGCCGGAUACGUCGCUGCAGCCGCAGGCAGCAGUGGCAGGCCCGUGUCGCCCUUCCUCACGGCAUCGCCGGCAGGUCCGUGUCCGGGCGGCGCCGGCGGACAGUCGCUGGCGGCGGCGGUGGCGGCCGGGGCGGCAACGUCCAGCGGCGCCGGCCCCACGCCAUCCUCCAGCGUGCUUGCAACCAGCUACCCUGCAAGUUCCAGGUACUUGACCGCAGCCGCGGUGGCGACGCCGGCGUCCAACUCCUUGGGACUUCUCGCCAUGGGCUCAGGCGGCAGCGCGGCCGGCGGGCCCGGCGGGGCGGGUGGUACGCUUGCCCCGAGCGCGCGCGCGGGAGGCAGCGCAGCAGAGGUAUUCCUAGCACAGCCGCCGCGGGCAGCAGCAGCAGGCCCCCUGCUGCUGCCGGCGGCGCCUACAAGUGGAGCAAGGGCGGAGGGCUCCACCGCAGCCGCCUUCGUGACAGCCGCAGCUGCCGCCAGCGAUGCCAGCAUGAUGCUUCCCGUGCCACCGCCACAGCCUCUGCUGCAACCAGCACCCGGUGGCGGGCCGCAGCAAACGCAGGCGCCGCUGCCGCUGCCGAGGACCCUCUUCGACACGACCGCCGCUGCGCCGGCGCUGCAUGCCGUGUCGCGUGGCCUGCCGUCGUCGGCCUCCGCGCUCACCAACACCACGCACUCCUCCACUAGCAACAGUGUCAGCCAUAACUACGGCGCGCACGGGCCAAUCGUCCGUGCUGGCGCUGGUGGCGCCCUUGCAGGCACCAUGGCGGCCCUUGCUGUUGGGGGCCAGCGCCGCCCUCCUCCUCCACUUCAGGCCACAGCAGCUGCUGGCAGCGCCGCCGCGUUCGGCUCCGCCGUGUCCGCCCUGUUGCCGUGGCAGGUGGCGGUGAGGCAGCAGGACCCCAUGCACCACCUCCGCGGCAUGGCCCUUGCUCGGGCCGCGCUGGCUGUUGUGGAGGAUAUGGAGUCGGCUACCAUGUCGUCCACUGUCAACUCAAACCUGCUGCGGGACAUGCCGCCCCACAGCCACGUGACGGCGGGCAGCGGCUCUUCUGCGGACGCCGGCGCACAGUUCGGGACAACCGCCGCAGCAGGGACCUCCGCGACGGCGAAUCACCCCGCGGUGCACGACAACAGCACUCAGGCUAUUGCAGCCGCCGCUGCACGCGGCGACACGCCGCGUCUGGUGUCUUACGCCGAUGCUGAGCUCAUUGAGCCAUCUUUUGCGUACAUGGAGGCUGCUGGAAUGCACGCCGUGAGGUACACAGCAGCCCCUGCAACGGCCGCUACCGCUGCUGCCGAUGGCACUGUCACCGGCGGCUCUGCUACAGCCGCAUCGGCCUCGGCUGGCGGUGGCAUGCCUGAGCCUGCGGUUGCUGCGGCCAUGUUGGCAGCGCUUCCGGCUGAGGUGCCGGUGCCGCUUCUGCGGUUGCCGCAACACUCCAUCGUGGACUUGGUCGCUGUCAGGAGCGGCAGCGGCAACAUCAGUGUGAAUGCAGGUGCAGCGACCCAUGUGCUCACAACCACCCAGGAGGCCAACGCCCCUGCCUCUGCCGACACGGCUUCUGGUAAUGCGGCAGCCGCCAGUGCUGCUGCUCCGGCCGCCCUUGAGGCCUGUGAUACCUCGUCGCUCGACAGUGGCGGAUCCGGCCGUGCGGCAACGGGCGGCGUGCUCGGCAGUUCCAGCACUGUCCGCCCUACAACCUACACCGCUGCACACAGCACCAGCACCAACACCAACACAACCUACGCUGGCACAGCUGGCGCGGCGGCCAUCACCUCAAGCUCCAACAACCAACUGACGACCGCAACACACCUUUCCUCCUCCUGGGCAAACACCACCGACCGCGACGCGCGCAGCAGCACUUUCUGGCACAGCACCACCACCGGCCUCGCCAUGACCACCACGGCAUGGGCUGCGGCCUCUGGCGGCGGCGUCCACAGCAGCCUGGGCACCGGAAGCCGGCAGCAGCUGCGGCAAGUGGGGCACACGAGCAUCGGUCCAGGCGGCGCAGGCGGUGGCGUUGGUGGUGCCAGCAACAGCGUCGGUCAGCAGAGCGGCAGUAUUGGACGGCUGGGUAUGAUGAUGGAGCGGUCAGUGCUUUACGAGCUCUUCAGCCGCCGCUCGAGUCGGGCGACGGGCGCGCCGACGAAUGAUGAUGACUUCGUUGUGAUGACGGACGCGGGCAUCCUGGUUGGCAGCGUGGGGCAGAGCGUGUCGGGCUCGCGCCAGCACCUGCUGCAGCUGCAGCUGCAGGGCGUGGGCGAAGGGCUGCCGGGUGGCGUACCAGCAGCGACGGCCCUGAGCCUGGCGGACGGUGCGGCUGGGGCCUCGGCGGGAGGUGGUGGCGGAGGUGCGGGCGGAGGCGGGCUGCUGGCGGCUGUGCCCGAGGCACACGUCGGAUUCAUGGUGGCUGCAGGCAACGGUGGUGGUGGCCGCGGCAGCAGCGCACGCGCCGGCCGUUACUACCACAUUGAGCCCGCGUUCCUGCCCAUGUAUGGUGACGGUGUGUUGGGACAAUCGCUCGCCUACGGCGCUGCUGCCGCUCCUGCGGCGACAGACCCAGCCGCGCUGCUGCCCCCAAGGGUGCUCCGGUCGGCGGCGUUGGCGGGCGGUAGGGACAAAGCAGGAGGUGCUGGUCGCCACGGUGACAGGAUGGCGGCUGCAGGCAGCAGCGCAACCGCCGGCGGAGCCGUCAUGGCAGCAGGCGCUGUGCAUCCCCACUCGCUGCUCCCGCCGGUGCGGGAAGAGGCUGCCGCGCCGACCUCCACUAGCAGCGUUCACACGAGCUACACGGGCACAGGUGUCAGCGGCUCCCUAGCUGCUCAUUCCGGGCCCGGCGUGGGCGUCGGCACCGGCGGUGGCAGCAACGCUGGCGGCGCCGGCACCGGUGGUGAUAGCGGGGUCGUCGACAGCAGCGGCCUGCUGCUUUUGUACGGCAGCGGCGCAGCCGGCGGCGGCUCGUCGCGGGGCGGCUCCAGCACCGGCGUCCCCGCGGUCGCGCAGCCCGCUGGCAGCAGCAUCGGACAUCCCCACAGCCGUGGCAGCAGCACGCACCAGUACUUUCAAGGGUUGCCGCCGGGCUCUGCAGGCGGCGCGACGGGCACGAGCGGCGGAGCCUACCUGCCUCGCCCCAAUUAUUUCAAUACCGUGUAUGGAUCCACCGGCAACGACGAGGGCAGCGGCAGUGACGGAUCCCUGCCGCUGUUCAGCAUGCUUCAGGCAGGGCUGGCGCGCGCACGCGAGCGAGAAGCCGCGAGUCGUGCCAGCGGGGCUGCUGUGCCUAGAUCCACUGGAACAUCAGCACCCGCAGCACCCGCAGCAGCUGCGUCGCCUCCAUCCAUGUCAGCUGCGUUGGGAAGGGAUGCUGCAGCUGGCGCUUCUGUAGCAGCGCCGACUGCUAGUUCGGUCACGAAUCGUGAUGGCUAAGUUUACGGCGCACGGAUGACAUUGAACGACAGGCCCGUGUGCUGCAUUGUCAACUGCUGCAUGGGGAAACAGUGCACAUGCAAGGGCUUGGCAACCAUGUGGUACCGCCCGGCCAGGCCGUGCCGGACCGGCACGCACAUCGACUCGCACUUCAUACCAACAGACAGCAGCACUUCUGUGUGCUGAACGCAUUGUGGGUUGAGCGGUGGCGUUAGGCUUGGGUAUUUCGUGGCGGGGUCAGCCCCAAGAUCUUCCUUGAGAGGGACAACUUCAUGUCAUGGUCCGGGAGCAGACUGGGCAAUGCAUUGUAAUGCAUUCUUGCCGGUGUCAUUUAGUGUGCUUGACUUGGUGCGUGCAUUUCCCGAAUCCAGGCACCCAUGCAUGGCUGGAUCGUGCUUGCCCAAUCGGCUGAAGUGCUGGCUCUUGUAUACUACUAUAAUAUGAAUAAGGAUUCAGUCCCGUGGCGUUGCGCACCCUACGGGAAAAUGAUUUGUUUGUGGGCUGCACCAUGCCAAGUGGAGACUGCUUUCGAUGCACGCCUGCAACCAAUGCUGGGGGCCUACUGAGGGGGUAGGUCCAUUGAAGAGUUUGAGGCAGCACUCGUACGGCAUGUAAUCCAAAGCAUAGAGUUCGGAUGCCAGUGCUUCUGUAGGCUUCGUGAGGAUGCAUGGCAUAUGCACGAUUGCGGGCGUGCCUACUGGGUACGACGAAUCUCCCGGACGGGGUUCACAUGCUUGAGGCCUGCACUACAACCGCGUAGCCACGUCGUUUUGUGCUACUGGGCGGCAGCAUACUUGCAUGGACGUAGCUUCACAUUCCCUUGCCUCUGAGAACUUUUCAGCGUUUUUGCAAUGCCGCGAUCGAAUGAUUGGAACAGAUGCACAAACGCGCACGUCGAAGGCUUGCUCGAUUGCUCAUUGACUGCACGCACGGUCAAGAGAUAGAGAUGCAUAUGUCGUGGAACGAUGGGAGGGGGCCAUGGGUGCCAGGCACCCACAUGACCGGGUUCAUGUACCGCCUCCAUGAGCGCCCCAACCGUGGGCUUGCCUGCAGGCAGCAGGUCUCUUGAAGCAUGGUUAGGUUCUAUACAGGCUGCCUGCUAGCAAGCUACGGCAGGACACGGCAACCGUCCAACUUAGCCUGGGGAUCGCAAUCACUGCUGGGAUUGCCUGCUCACGUCUGAUUAGUCAUGGUUUCUGCAGAGUGGCGCUGUCGCUGAUUGCGAGUGCAAAUGCUCCCCCGCGCGGCAUAGCCUGGAUCACCAAAUGUCACAGGCCCAGGCCGUGGGCCAGGCGUAGGCGUCACGUGACCAUUAGAAGUGAAGCAUGCGGGAACCGGAUUUUGUAGGUAUUACUGCGCAUUUCCAAGUUAUUUAUGGAGCGCGACUAUUAAUAACAUUUCCAUGCAGUAGGACGAGGCUUGGGCCUUGGAAACUGGAAGCGUGUCUAUGGUCCUAAUCAUAGACACGCGGAGCUUGAUGUGGCAUUUAGGACCAGAGCUGGGCUCUUUGACUGUUGCCGUAUGGCGCAGCGUGACUGCGUGGGGGCAGUGCAGUGUUAUGGGGACCACAUCCAACCGAAGCUCAUAUUUAGUUAGGCGUGUGUGCCUGGUGCUAUGUUGACCGUGUGUCGGGUUGUUCCAAGAAGCGGCGAUGGCGCAUUUAUGGUCCGGAUUCAAGCAUCUCUCUCCAUCAUUUAGGUGUGCAUGCCGGAUCGGUGCGGAUGCGGGCGUACCACUGGCCGCUUCUUGUUGUAGGCUUUGGGCAGAGCUUCCGUGUUCACCCACUGAUGGGCAAAUGCGCACUCUUCCC